AGAAGAUCUUGUAUCUGGAAACUCAGAUUCCACCUGCCGGAGACCAGAGGCCCUGGGGAACUCAUGUUGUUGCACAGAACCAACUCAUGAUCAAGAAUCUGAGGCUUGGACCUGUUUAAGGUCACUUGACUGGUAAGCGGUGGCCCAAGAAUUCAAACCUCGCCUGACUCCAGAGCCUGUGCUCUCUACUAAAUGAUGUGUUUUGGCAGCAUUGUGUGACCAGGCCACUCAAAGGCCCAGGCCCUGCCUUGGAGAGCUGAUGAACCAACCUGCAGAGGCACUGGCGAUGCUGUCUGGCACCCAGGCAGCGGCAGCGGCAUGCGAGGACGCGGAGCUGCGGUGCCGCGUGGCGGUGGAGGAGCUGAGCCCGGGCGGGCAGCCCCGAAGGCGCCAGGCCCUGCGCACCGCGGAGUUGAGCCUGGGUCGUAACGAGCGCCGCGAGCUGAUGCUGAGGCUGCAGGCGCCUGGGCCCGCGGGGCGGCCGCGCUGCUUCCCACUGCGCGCCGCACGCCUCUUCACGCGCUUCGCCGCGGCGGGACGGAGCACACUGCGGCUCCCCGCCGACGGCGCUCCGCAGGCCGGCGCAGUGCAGCUGCUGCUCUCCGACUGCCCCCCGGACCGCCUGCGCCGCUUCCUGCGCACGCUGCGGCUCAAGCUGGCCGCAGCCCCGGGUCCCGGGCCGGCCUCUGCCCGCACGCAGCUCCUUGGCCCGCGGCCCCGCGACUUCGUCACCAUCAGCCCCGUGCAGCCCGAGGAGCUGCGGCGUGUGGCAGCCACCCGGGUCACGGACACCACGCCGGUGAAGCGGCCCGCGGAGCCCCGGGAGGGGGCCAAGCCCAGCGCCGAAGUUCCAAGGUGGCCCUUGCCUGUGAAGAGGCUGAGCUUGCCCCCCACCAAAUCACAGCUUUCCAAGGAACAGGCUGCUGUGCUGAGGGUUGUCCUGAAAGGCCAGAGCGUUUUCUUCACUGGGAGUGCAGGUAGUGGGGAGCAGACUGGGUGUGGGGGGGGCAACACUGGUGUGAUGGGAUGGAGGAGAGGUGGCUCUGACUCUACCCUCUAUCCAGGGACGGGGAAGUCUUAUCUACUGAAGCGUAUCCUGGGCUCACUGCCUCCCACAGGCACUGUGGCCACUGCCAGCACUGGGGUGGCAGCCUGCCACAUUGGGGGUACUACCCUCCAUGCCUUUGCAGGCAUUGGCUCGGGCCAGGCUCCCCUGGCCCAAUGUGUGGCCCUGGCCCAGCGGCCAGGUGUGCGGCAGGGUUGGCUGAACUGCCAGCGGCUCGUCAUCGAUGAGAUCUCCAUGGUGGAAGCAGACCUGUUUGACAAGCUGGAGGCCGUGGCCAGAGCUGUCCGGCAGCAGAACAAACCAUUCGGAGGGAUCCAGCUCAUCAUCUGUGGGGACUUCCUGCAGCUGCCGCCUGUAACCAAGGGAUCCCAGCCCCCACAGUUCUGCUUCCAGGCCAAGAGCUGGAGGAGGUGUGUCCCAGUGACCCUGGAGCUGACUGAGGUGUGGAGGCAGACGGACAAGACCUUCAUCUCUCUCCUGCAAGCUGUGAGGCUGGGCAGGUGCUCAGAUGAGGUCACCCACCAGCUCCGGGCCACGGCUGCCCAUAAGGUGGGGCGAGAUGGGAUUGUGGCCACGAGGCUCUGUACCCACCAGGAUGACGUGGCACUUACCAACGAGAGGAGGCUGCAGGAACUACCAGGUGAGGUACACAGCUUUGAGGCCAUGGACAGUGACCCUGAGCAAGCCCGGACCCUGGAUGCGCAGUGUCCUGUUAGCCAGCUCCUUCAGUUAAAGCUGGGGGCCCAGGUGAUGCUGGUGAAGAACGUGGCAGUGUCUCGGGGCCUGGUGAAUGGUGCCCGAGGGGUGGUGGUAGGGUUUGAGGCAGAGGGGAGAGGGCUGCCCCAGGUGCGGUUCCUGUGUGGAGUCACUGAGGUCAUCCGCGCCGACCGCUGGACCGUGCAGACCACUGGGGGCCAGCUUCUCAGCCGGCAGCAGCUGCCUCUGCAGCUGGCCUGGGCCAUAUCCAUCCACAAGAGCCAAGGCAUGUCCCUGGAUUGUGUGGAGAUCUCUCUAGGUCGUGUGUUUGCCAGCGGCCAGGCCUACGUGGCCCUUUCCCGGGCCCGCAGCCUGCAGGGCCUACGCGUGAUGGACUUUGACCCCGUGGUGGUUCGCUGUGACCCCCGUGUGCUAAGCUUCUAUGCUACCCUGCAGCGGGACCGGGGCCUCAGCCUGGAGUCCCCAAAUGACGACGAGGCAGCCUCAGACCAGGAGAACAUGGACCCGAACCUUUGAUCUGCAAAGAGAAGACCAAGGGUGGUCUCCCCCUCCUCCUGCUCCCUCGUGGGCCAGCCCCCAGGGGAUACCAGAGGGUGGGUAGUCAGUGUCCCUUUCUCCCUUCAUUAGGGACUCUCAGCCUCCUGGCAUGGCUCAGGGGAGAGUGCUUCCCGUGCAUUUGCCAACUGUGCCUCAGUUUCUACCCUUGCCCUCGGUGAGCUGCUUCCGGGGUCAGUAGUUGGCAGUGAGCCUGUGGUGGUAGCUGGUGUUACAGGACAGAGCUGUCUUCGAGGGGCCGGCCACAGGGCCACAAGGCUGUGAAUGCCGCUCCCUUUGGGCUGUGGAGGGCAGAGGCGGCAGGUGCUCUAGAAGCAGGAACAGGCUGUAGCAGGAGUCAGGCCCCAAGCAGAGAAGAGGACCUGGGGGAAUCUUCACAGCUAGACCCAGCCCAGCACAAGCCAGGACAAACACUCUCCUGAACCUAACCUGGGAAAAUGCACUGCAGUGUGCACACCUAUAUCUUAGGCUGCUCUUUCGGGGAAGAAAGUGUG